AUGACUUAUAAUUGUGACCACCAUUCUUCUUGCGGUGAUAACAUCAAAAUCGGCCACCCUUUUCGAUUAAAAGGAGACCGUCCAACUUGUGGUGACCCCGACUAUGAAUUGUCUUGCGACAACAAUCAGACCAUAUUGAGCUUCAACUCUGCAGAAUAUGUCGUCAAGGCGAUCGACUACAAUAAAUUCAUUAUCCGAGUUGCUGACAUUGGCAUCCAAGAACACAACUACUCCUCCACCCCUCUUCAUUCUUUAUCACCCACUUCCCCUAUAGAUAGGAAAUUUGUAGCUAGCUACUACAAGACAUAUUUGUCUGCCUACUACGACCAAUAUUUUUCAUCUGAUCACUACUUUGCCAAUGUGUCAAACACUGAUAAUAUAGUGUACAUAAGCUGUGAAACUCCAAUGAAGUCUCCCUCUUUUGUGGAUGCUGCUCCUUGCAUCAGCAAAACAAGUUACUCUAACAGGAGAUACCAUUACGUUAGUUGGUGA